UUGUUCUUACUCAUUCACUCCACCUUCAUAAACCCAUCAUUUUGUUUCCCCUGCAAAUUAAAUUUAAUUAAAAAGAGAGAUGAAAUAUCUAUCUUAAACCCUGAAAAACAAAACAAUAUACUCGUAUAAUAUAAUCUUGUCUUAAACCCUGUUUAGAACAAAACCCAAAAUGGGGUUUAAACAUAUGUUGUUCUUAAUCUUGUUCCUUUUUCACAAUUUCACGGUGUUCACUAAAGCCCAGAUGCCAGGUUUUUUAAGUAUAGAUUGUGGUGGGGAAAAGGAGCACACAGACAACCUUGGGCUUGAGUGGACUCCUGAUGAUCAAAUCAUAUACGGAAUAGCGAGUAAAAUAUCCAUCGAAAAUGAAACAAGACAGCAAUAUCAAACAGUCAGAUAUUUUCCUGCGGAUAACCGCAAGUAUUGUUACUCACUUAACGUUAAAAUUAGAACUAGGUACCUCAUUAGAGCAACAUUCUUAUAUGGAAAUUUUGAUAGCAACAACGUAUACCCGAAAUUUGACAUCUCCCUGGGGCCAACUCAUUGGGCUACUGUUGUCAUUUCGGAUGCGAAUACUAUAGAGUCUCAAGAACUCAUCUUUUUGGCUUCUGAUCCUAUGAUCAGUGUGUGUUUAUCAAAUUCUACAACUGGGUUUCCAUUCAUUUCCACACUUGAGCUUCGACAAUUUAAUGGUUCGGUCUACCUUACACCAUAUGAAAGCCAAUUCUUUCUAAGUGUUUCAGCUAGAAUCAAUUUUGGGGCUGAUAAUGAAGAUCCAGUCAGAUAUCCAGAUGAUCCUUUUGAUAGAAUAUGGCAAUCUGAUCUGGUGAAGAAAGCAAAUUACCUUGUAGAUGUCGCUUCUGGGACAGAAAAAAUUUCAACAAAUUUACCGAUUAUUACUGGAAAGGAUGAAUUGCCACCUCAGAAAGUGAUGCAAACAGCUGUGGUGGGCCGAAAUGGAUCUUUAACUUAUCGUCUGAACUUGGAUGGAUUCCCGGGAUUUGGUUGGGCUUAUACAUAUUUUGCAGAAAUUGAAUAUUUAAACCCUAAAGAAACCAGAAAAUUUCGUCUGAUUCUUCCUGGAGCACCAGAUCUUAGUAAAGCUAUUGUUAAUAUUCAAGAAAAUGCUCAAGGAAACUAUCGUGUUUAUGAGCCCGGAUACUACAACAUAUCACUUCCGUUUGUUUUAUCAUUUAGAUUUUCAAAGACACCUGAUUCUACUGAGGGGCCUCUUAUAAAUGCAAUUGAGAUCAGUAAAUAUGUUGAAAUAAGUGAUGGUUCUUUUGAUGGGCCUGUGGCUGCUAGCUUAGUAUCAGGUUACAAGUCUUUAAAUUGGGCUCAAGAAGGCGGUGAUCCGUGCUUGCCAGUUCCAUGGUCAUGGUUGGAGUGUAAUUCGGACGGUCAACCAAAAAUCAUUUCAAUCAAAUUGUCAAGUAAGAACAUUACUGGAAGCGUCCCUUCAGAUUUGACCAAAUUGAGCAGCUUAGAAGAGUUGUGGCUCGAUGGGAAUGCUUUUACCGGUCCAAUUCCUGAUUUUUCCGGGUGCCCGAACUUAAGGAUUAUACAUCUUGAGAACAAUCAGUUGACUGGUGAUCUACCCUCUUCCUUAGCAAACCUACCUAAAUUAAGCAAAUUGUAUGUGCAGAACAACUUGCUAUCUGGAUACGUGCCAUCAGCUCUUUUUAACAAGAAGAACAUAGUCUUAAAUUACUCUGGAAAUGAAAAUCUACAUAAACGAAGUAGUGCAGGGAGAGUCAAUAAAUACAUUAUCUUUGGAUUAGCAGUUGGGGUUGCUGCUUUAUGCAUAGGAUUUAUAGCCUCAUGUUUGAUCCUUCGACGGCGAAAGAAAGAUCACAAGCAAGAGCCUAAAGGCAGCUUCAUUGUGUCUUCUAUGAGUAAUACUUUGAGCAAUACAACUUCAGAAGGCGCCCAAUGCUUUACACUAGCAGAACUUAGAUUUGCAACCAAGAACUUCGAGACAAAAAUUGGUUCAGGGGGAUUUGGCACUGUAUACUACGGUAAAUUGAGUGAUGGAAAGGAAAUUGCUGUCAAGCUUCUAGGAAAUAACAACAUCCAACAGGGUAAAAAGGAGUUCGCAAAUGAGGUGAGUCUUCUAUCAAGAAUACAUCAUAGAAACUUAGUGAAGUUUUAUGGAUUUUGUCAAGAAGAAGGGAAGGAUAUUAUUGUUUAUGAAUUCAUGCAUAAUGGGACUCUCAAAGAACAUCUUUAUGGACCUUUAGCAAAGGAACAAAGAAUGAAAUGGAUCAAACGUCUUGAAAUUGCUGAAGAAUCCGCCAAAGGAAUUGAGUACCUUCAUACUGGUUGUGUCCCUUCCAUUAUCCAUAGAGACUUGAAAACAAGCAACAUUCUUCUUGAUAACAACAUGAAAGCCAAAGUUUCAGAUUUUGGCCUCUCAAAACUUGCAGUCGAUGGGACUUCACAUGUAUCCAGCAUAGUUAGAGGCACCGUUGGUUAUCUUGAUCCUGAAUAUUAUAUCUCAAAUCAUUUGACGGAAAAAAGCGAUGUCUAUAGUUUUGGGGUUAUUCUACUUGAGUUGAUAUCUGGUAAAGAAGCAAUUUCCAAUGAAAGUUUUGGUAUGAAUUGUCGCAAUAUCGUUCAAUGGGCGAAGCUCCAUAUAGCGAAUGGCGACAUCCAAGGGAUUGUUGAUCCUGCUUUAGGAGACGAAUUUGAUAUACAGUCAAUGUGGAAGAUAGCAGAGAAAGCGUUGAUGUGUGUGCAACCUCAUGCUAAUGUAAGACCUUCAAUGUCCGAAGUUAUAAAGGAGAUACAAGAUGCAAUCUUGAUAGAGAGAGGUGUUGAGGAAGGUAGUUCUGAAGAACUAUCGCACAAUUCUUUUCAUUCUUCAUUGAACAUGGGAUUAGUUGAUACGAGUAUCGACCCUCAUUUGUCGUUUCAUGAGUCUAUGGCACGCCCAUCCGCUCGUUAGUCUGUUUCUUGUAGUUUUUUUCUUUCUUUUUAAUGAUUGUUCAUAGGUUAGUUAAGUAGGCAUCAUGGGUUUUGGAGCAUUUUAGAAUAUGAUUUUUGGAGGUUUCAUGUUUUUGGUGUUUUUUUCAUCAAUAAGAUGGGUCCGAUUAUGAGAUAA